CAACGGCCUUGCAUCAGCGCCGACAAGCACGCCAGCGCCCACGACGCGAUCAUGUCGGCCUCGACACACUCGAGCGACAGUGAUGUCGACGCAGAGAGCCGGAGCGACGCGCCGCAAGUCGAAGCGCUCUUCCUGAUCCGGUUCGACAAGAAAGUCGGCUACACAAUCGCAUGGAAGCGCACCGCCAACGACACGGACCUCGAUGGCGUCGAGUUCAAGUCGCUGCCGUCCGGGCUGCACUCGCAUGCGAGCGAUCUCGUCUACUUCACGCACACGGGCUACGCCGGGCUGAGCGCAUUCGCCCGGGGGGAUGCGAGCGACGCGGACCGCAAUGCGAACUUCGUCUCGGUCGGCAUUCUCGUCCGGCGAGAUGGCAGAUUUGGCCGACUGGGGCGAGCAUGGCUGCUUGCUGGGAAGCUGGAGCAGAUUGCCGCGGCCCUGGCCAAGGACGAGACGGUCGCGCCGCUGGAGGACUUCUGGGCCGACCAGACGAGCAGGGCCCCAACGAAGCACGUCGACAGCAAGCGCGCCGUCCGCGAUCGCGCCAUCUCGACGGCCACGGCUGUCCCAAAGGACGAGGAGCGGCUGCCCGCGUACCAUCCGGCCCUGGCGAUACUGCAGUACCUGGCGCUGCUCGGCCCGCUGGUCUUCAGGCUGCAGCAGGCCGCGCUGCUUAGGAAGCGCAUCCUCUUCGUGGGCAGUCCGCCCGUCAGGACGACAUGCGAGUUUGUCUACAACCUCUCCGUGCUCUCCAGCAUCUCCCCUCGCGACGCCGAGCACCUCGCGCCGGGCACCGAGGACCUCCUCCGUCUCCCCUCCCUCUUCUCCAUUGGCGUGCACGACAUUCCCUACCUCGAAGAACUGCGCAACCCAAAGGGCGGACACACGCCGGGCAGCGAGCCAGCAGAGGGCUGGGUCGCUUGCACGACAGACGAGAUCAUCGCGACUAAGCAGAAGCUGUACGACAUUGUCGUCGAGAUGCCGCACAGCAGCGACGCAGCACCACAACAGCGGCAAUGGCCAAAGCUGCGCACGAGCGCAGGGGAUGCCCUCAAGGCCAGCCAGCGCGACGUUGCACGGUACAAGCUGCUGCAUCGCGAGCUCUGGAAGCACCACCAGCAGGCCACCGAGACAUUCCACGACGACGACGAGCAGAACGACGACGCAGCACCGCUCAUCUCGCACGACGAGAUUGACGCCAAGCGCGCAGACGACGACUUCAACGACGCCUACGACGACACAGCUGUAGAGCCCACGACGUGGUCACGACUUGCGUACCAGGGCUUCAUGUGGUGGGCGAGUGCCGGCGAGCGUGAUGCACACACCACAGCCGAGAGGGAACUCGACCGUGACCUUGUUGGCGACAUAGCCGAGUAUGCUGACUCGGUGGAGACAGCCGUCAUCGCAUACUUCCACCGCCAGUCGUCGCUGAUGAUCAAAGUACUCUCCCAACUGCUAGAGAGCGAGCACGAGAACGAAGAAGGAGAAGGCGAGGAGGGUGAUGCACUGUGGAUCGAGCGAGACGAUCUCAGCAGGAUGGGUCUUGAUACCUGGAGUGAGGCAGACCGCGCGUACGUGCAGGAAUUUGGCAGUCUGUACUUUGGGCGGAGAGUCGAGAUCAGAGGCAACGAGGUGGACUGCUGCGGUCUGCGCGUGCCGAUGUUGUAGACAGACCUCCCACGGCUGGUCCUGGGAGAGAAGUGUAGGCUAUCUUCGCAGUAUCUGAUUCUCACAAACGCAACGCACACCCUGUCAAUCAAUGCUCAC